AGCGAUGACGAUUGUUGUUGAUGAUUUAAGGUCGCUGGCACCGAUGUCUCGGAUGCUGCACAAAUCACACGGUCUCUCACGCCCACACGUCACAGAUACAGCGAUACAAACCGCCUGCAGUUGCGCGCGAAUAGAAAGUUGUGAUUCAGUCGCAUUUAUUCUUGCAAAAAUACGUACUUUAAUGCUACUGUGUUUUGUUCAUCGGUCGUUCUCUCUGCCGCUAUUCCAAAGUUGGCUGUGAAAAGAAACGUUUAUAACAAAGACGGUAAAAGUUCGAGCAUCAUUUAGGUUGUGUUUUAAUCUCCAAAUUGUUUUCAUCACCUUGAUUCCUCGAUGGAGUCGUAUUGAGCUGGAACUCUUCCUUCUUGGGUCUGUAGGCGAGGGACACCCUGGAAAGGUCCCCACAUUGACAGGCACCUUUGUGCAUUGUGAUGCAUUAAUAAACCUCUCUGAGCGCUUGGAAUGUGAGAGGAAACCAGAGUGCCAAGAAUCCAUGCACUAUUUUGUUUAUUUAAAACCUGACCUGACUUAUUAUAUUAUUAAAAUGCAGAGCAACAGACCUGUAGCUCAUUUUUGUCACACAAAGUACAAUUCAACUCCACAUUUUUUUCUGUUCAGAUUAUUGGUUAGUAAUAUAGCAAAGUAUAUCAGAGGUCAGAUUUACUAAGGAGCCACAAUAUUUGCCAAUAACCUUAAAAUAUGUUAUUUAUAUGUUACAGUUUCUUAGAUUUAUAUCAAAUUAUUCUUAAUAUAAACUAUAAAGUAGAACUAUGGAUUUAAGUGGUGCAUUUUGAUUACAGAACUAAGCUGUGUAAAUAUUUUUUUCAAUAUUGCAUUUCUAAAAUUCAGUUAAAAUGCGCGAUACUCAUUAAUAGAAUCGUAUUUUAUUGAUUUAAACAUUUCAGUGUACAGCCAAGGGAAGAAAAACAGAGCCAGAAAAUGGGGAAGGGAAAAUAAUGUCCUGAAAAAUAACUUAUCUGUCAUACUCCAAUUCUAUAAAUAAACAGUGAUAAUAUUAAUUUAAUAAUUUGUAUUUUCUCAUACAAGGGUAAAAUAAUAGGACAUGAUACCCAUCAAUUGAGUGAUUCUAAAACAAGAAUUUAUGACUGAGCAUGGAUUUGGGAAAAGAAAAAUAAAGGUUGGUUCCUACGCACCAGUCACACCUAAGAUUAUGAUCCUUGCCUUUUGAGGGAUGUAAUAAUAAUAAUCACAGUGUUUCUUAAUAGAAGCGUUAACACGGGGUCCUCACAACAAUAGGUGGAAGUCAGGUCUGGGAUGGGGUGUGGUCUGGACACAAUGGUCCACUGUUAUCAUGUAACCAUGACGACCCAAACAUCAUGAAGAAUGUGACGUGGAUGCGACACUAAUAUCUGCUUUCAUAGUUCCAGAAUGUGUCGUUUUGUUGAAGUUGUAAUGUGACGAUUAAUUGGAAAUAGUGUGUCUGCUAAAAUCCUGCUAUUAUAAAUAUUGUCCUGUCAUGGUAAUGUAAGGCAGAAAAAUGUCUCACUGCUCGUGUUUGUUUAGAAAAGUAUCCUUAGAAAUGUGUGUUACUGUGUCGUUGCACGCUUGUGACAUAAACAGGGUGAACAGACGUGACCACAUUCUUAAAAGAUGUUUUGGGACAAACAGAAGUCUACUUUCUACAUUAGUAGGAAAAACAUAAAAGUGAUAAAUAAACAAGUUUGCUCGGACAAAAAUGAACAAGCUUGUUUUUGCGGUUACUGUUGCAAGAGAAAGCAAAUGUAUUUAUUUGGAAACAUAAGAAAUGUGUUGGUGCGUUAAGGUUUUGGAAAUAUUUUUGAGUCACUGUUAUUGCAGUUGUCACACAGAGAUGGUGACGUGAACAUUUAUGUCGCUUGUUUGUUGUUUGCUAGCGAGGUUCAAUCUUGCACCGCGUUCGACUUUGUGAACAACUGCUCAACAUUUGACUGUCCCUUUUAAUGAUAUGAUAUUCAUAUUUGCAGCUUGACUAAGAGGGCGCGAAUGUAACUGAAAUGUUUUCAAGUUGUUACUGUGCUUCCUUUUGCAACUCGCAAGGCUAAAGCAAUCGGAGGCAGAGCCUCGCAGUGAAGUGAGUUGAGGGUCAUUCCGCAGUGAUUCACUUGAGGGAGUUUGGUUGUAAAAGGGAGCGGAGUCACGGCGGAGGCGUUGACGGAGGUCAGCGCGUCUUAAACCUGCUAAUCCGGCUGCUGCCCUCAAUCUGAGUCUGUCUGCACCGGAGCGUCACUCCUCUCCUCUGCUCCUCCCGAGACACGUGAAGGUUCGACCGCGACUUCUCUCAUGGAGACGGACUAGAACUCGGCGUUUGUGUCUCUCAGAGUCGGUCUCGUUCUGCUGCGAUGAGCGCCGACGAGAGCUCGGACACUGACUCCCACAAGCUGGAGUCGGUGAUCCAGAAGGUGGAGGAGAGUGCUCUGUCUGAGGAGAAGAAGCUGACAGUCCGAGGUCCUUCACCGGAUGGCCCCCCUACAAGCCUGCCAGCUCGGGUCCGGGAGAUAGUCACUAAGAAUCUCAGCCAAAGCUUGUGUCGCUCUGCAGCCGGACCGAUGUCUUCGGUCAUGUCCCUCCAAGAGGAGAACCGUCUGCUGCAUGGAGAGCUGGCCAAACUGGAGGACCUGCUGGCCCACAGCAGAGCAGACCGCGACCAGCUCGCCAUCAAGUACAGCGCCAUAAGUGAACGACUGGAGCAGACACUGUGCUUUGAUAUGGGAGAAGGGGACCAGGACUCAGCCGAGUCACGUGGUCUCACUGAACAAAACUUAAAUCUUCGCCGCCGACUUGACGAGGAGCAGGCCACCUACAAACGGAAACUCACAGCUUAUCAGGAGGGCCAGCAGAGACAAGCUCUCCUUGUCCAGAAGUUGCAAGCCAAGGUAAUUCAGUACAAAAACAAGUGCGGUGACCUGGAGAAGAUGCUGCAGAAGUCGGAGAAUACUGAGGUACACAAGCAGAGCGAUCAGGGUGAUGGAACACAACAGAGUGAAUCGACUAUGAAAAACUCUCUGGAAGAUGCUGUGAUCCGCCUGGAGGAAGAGCAGCAAAGGAGCAGCAGUCUCUCUGCGGUGAACGCAAUGCUGAGGGAACAGUUGGAGCAGGCGGGUUUGGCCAACGAGGCCCUGAGCCAGGACAUCCGCAGGCUCACUGCUGACUGGACCAAAGCCAGGGAGGAGCUGGAGCAGAAGGAGUCCGAUUGGAGGAAAGAAGAAGAGUCUUUUAACAGUUACUUCAGCAGCGAGCACGGUCGACUCCUCGCCCUGUGGAGGCAGGUGGUCGGUUUUCGGAGGCAUGUCUGCGAGCUGAAGAGCGCCACCGAGAGGGACUUGUCAGAUAUGCGAAAUGAACUGGCUCGGACGUCCCACUCGGCUCAGCUCUCCUGUGCAGGUCUGUGCGCUUCGCUGCACAGCAGGGAAGGUGGAGCGGCUCUGGAGAGGGAGAGAGAGAAAUCUCUGCGGGUUCAAAUGGAGCAACAGUUGAGAGAGCGAGUCACGGAGAUGAUGAAUCUGCAGACCAGAACUGAUGCUGAGAGGAGCGAGCUGAACGUCAGGUUGUCUGAUUCUGUGCGAGAGGUGGAGCGACUAAAGGGCAGAGUUGAGGAGAGAGACAGAGAGAUUAUCCUGCUGACAAGACGGCUUGAGGAGCAGAGUGGCAAUGAUGAGAGCGACCUGCAGCUGAUGAGAUCUCACUCGGAGCUGCUGCUGGACACGCUGCGGGACAUCGCUCAGACACUUGUAUCGGACGGUGAGUCUUCUUCAGAGGCGGACCAGGACACCUCCGCGGCUCCUCUCAUGCUCUUGCUCCGUGGCUCCUCCCCACGUCGCUCAUCCCCCCAGAGGAGGGCGUCGGCGUCCCUACCUGCUCUCCCGGAGACGGCGCUGUCAGCUGUGCGCUCAGCAGUGGCGAACAAGACGCUGCAGCUGCAGGAUGUUCGGGGUCGACUGCUCUCCACCCAGUCUACAUUACAACAGCUAAGAAAACAGCUCACCGAGAUGGAGUCACUCAAAAGGGAGGCAGAACAACAAAGUCAGUCACUGCAGAGAGAGCGAGAUGUUGCUCAGAGAGAGCGGGAAACUCUUCUGAGGGAGAGGGAUCGAGUGAAGCAGGACAGAGACUCCUUUGCCAGCGAGAAGAUGAACUUGGAGAAGAACUUGCAGGCGACUCAGAGCACCUAUCAGAUCUUACAGAUGGACUGUGAGAAGCUUCAGUCAGUCGUGAAGACCGCUCAGAGAGAGCGAGAUCACGAGAAGGAGGAGAAGGAGGCCGUCGUUCACGAACGGGAUCGCGCCAGAGCAGAGACACAGAGGAUUCAGAAACAGUUGGAGCAAAGCGAGAACCGCGUUUCUCUUCAGCGCGGUGAACUGUCUUCAAUGAGGGAGAGUCACCAGCAGGUGGAGGAGGAGAGACAGCUGCUGGAGAAGGAGAAGACCCAACUGUCUGAGUCACUCACCAGGGCUGAGAGCAGGAACUCGGAGCUCUCCCUGCUGGUGACCAAGCUGCAGUCUGAGGAGGCAGCUCUCAGAGACUCUCUGGCCAAGAUGGGUGGCAUGAACGAGAGCCUGGCUCAGGACAAGGUUGACCUGAACACCUACAUCCUCCAGCUGGAGGACGAGAGGAGUCUGCUGCGGACGCAGAGACGGGAGGCGGAGCAGGAAAAGCUGACCAUCCGAGACGAGCUGGUCCGACUGGAGCAGGACCGGAUGGAGCUGGAAUCUGCCCGCAUCGCUCUGCACCAAUCACUGCAGGACGCUGAGCUGACGCGGGCCGGGAUGGAGGCGGAGCUCCAGAUGCUACGAUCGGAACGACUUAAACUGCAAGAGCGAGUGACUCAGCUCUGCAGCGAGGUGACCUCCCUAGGUUCAGAAGUAAGUUUUGCGAGAGGAGAAGGACAGCGCAAUGAAAUGGCUCUGGAGGAGGCGGGGCGGGGCCAGGCAGAACUUGCCCGAGCCAAAGCAGCUCUGGUGGUUCAGCUGACCGCGUCCGAGAGGGAAAACGCCGUACUCUCUGAAGAGCUUUCCGCCUUCAGGUCGGAGCGUGAGUCCCUCGAAACCAGUCUGUUUGAGGUGCAGCAGCAGCUUGUCCUGGUGGAAUCCCGACGAGAGCAACUGGAAAAUGAGAACCAGAACCUACGGCUCCGCUGUGAGACUGCCACCGCUGAAGUGAAGCGCGCCCGCUCGGACACCGAGCACUUGUUGGCUCAGACUGAGAAAGAGAAACAAGCUCUGACUCAGACUCUCAAUGCGGCACAGCUGGAGAUCCGACAGGCUUUAGACAAGGUCAAAUCAGAACACCAGGAGGAGGUGGAGAAGCUGAUCUCAGAGAAGGAGGCCCUGCGGCAAGACCUGCUGUCGGCUCAUGACUCUGAGCUGAGGACGAUGAGACUGGAGAUGGAGGAGCACCUUCAGAGGGCACAGAGGGACAGAGAGGAGCUGCAGAGUGAACUGAGGACCCUGACCCACAACAGAGAUCAGUGUCUGCUGCAGGCAGAGACGGAGAAACAACAGGCUCUGUCUCUGAAGGAGGCUGAAAAGGCUGCGCUGUCGGACCGAGUGUCUGCUCUGCAGGCUGAACUGGCCACGGUGACCUUGGAGGCAGAGCGGAUUUCCAGGGAGGCUGCUCUUUCUAAAAACCAAGAAGAGAUCAGGGUGGAGUCUGUGAGCCGUGAGCUGCUGGAGCUUCGCUCCCAACUGCAGGACACCAACGCGCUCUAUGAACGGGAGCUCCAGAGUCUGAGAGAGACCUGUGCUGAUCUGCAGACUCGAGCUGAUGUUUCCCAGAAAGAGCUGGAUCAGUGCAGAGCUUCUCUCUCGGCCAGCGAGGCGAGUCGGGAUCAUCUGCGGCGAGAGAUGAUGGACGUGGAGCACCGACUGGCCCAAACCGAGGACACGGCUGAGACCCGCAGACGGGAGACAUCAGAUCUGCGGCGCAGCGUGAAUGACACCUCCAAGGAGAGAGACGCUCUCAGCCAGUCCAACAGUCAGCUGAGAGAAGCUCUGCGCGGUGCGGAGUCUGAGAGAAUCAGUUUGAGGCGACAAUGUGAGGAGAAGGAGCAGAAGCUCACUGUCCUGGAGGAGAAUUUGUCCUCUUCUCAGAAGGAGGUGACGGAGCUGCGCAGCUGCCUGAGGGAGGUGGAGAGGUCACGACUGGAAGCUCGGCGCGAGCUGCAGGAGCUUCGCCGGCAGCUGAAGGUCUUGGAUGGAGAGAAGGAGCAGAAAAGGAGGGAGGUGGCAGAGCUGGAGACUCGAAUGUCACUGGAGGAGCAGAGAGAGGAGGAGAGAGGCAAGGAAAUGUACAACCUCAAACAGAAGUUAAAAGAAGCUGAAGCAGCUCGGGAUUCGUUGAAGAAGGAGUUGUCACACACCCAAAAGCGCCUGCUGGAGUCUGAGUCGUGCUGGAGAAGCUGUGAGAGAGAGCUGACCGCUCAGCUCCAGGAGGCCCGAGGGUGCGAGAAGAAGCUGCAAGACGAAGCCAAGAACCUGGCACUGCGAGCGCAAACGGCCCAGGACUCUGCUGGUCACUCAAGCCUGCAGCUGAGUGAAGCCCAGGGACGUCUGGCCGCCACAGAAGCUGAGCUGACUCGAGCCGAGGCUGCCAAGAGGGAUCUGGAGUUUCGUCUGAGCAGCCUGCAGUCGGCUCUCACCCGGACUCUGGGCAUUGGUGCCGGAGGAAGAGGUGUCAGGGGGCGGAGCCCUGGUGGAAGCCCGUCAUCGCCAGUCAACAUGUCCCGCCAUCACAGCGUCUCUCCACUGCGCUCCUCUCUGUCACCACCUAAAGAAUUCCGUGUGAGCACACCUGAGAACACUUUAGGGUCUGCUGGAGCGUCGCCAGAUCGCGGGGAGACUCCAGUGGGGCUCACUCAGUCGGACCUGGAGCCUGAAACUCUGCGGAGCGGUCUGAGAGACUUCCUCCAGGAGCUCCGGGACGCACAGCGAGAGCGGGACGGUGCUCUGUGCCAGCUCAGCGCUCUGCAGCGAGAGAUGGAGGAGCUGAGAGCUGACAAAGAAUCUGCCCAGAAUCGACUUUCUCAUCUUCAAAAAACAGUGCAGGAUCACCAAGAAGCCAAGCGUGGGCUGGAUGAGCGUCUGACAAGCACGCAGAUUCUCCUGCAUCAGCAAGAGGAGGCCGUGAGGCGAGCGGACCGGGAGCGGAGAACGCUGAGUGACCGAGUCAAGGAUCUGGAGCGAAUGCUGCAGUCCACCGAGAUGGAUAAAAAACAAACUCAGGAUCUGCUCAACAAACAACGGGCAGCUGAAGCUCGUCUGGAAACAGAGAGGAGGAGACUUCGGGAGGCGCUCGAGGCUGCCGAAACUCGAGCCACAAGAGUGGAGCUGGGCCGGCGCAGUCUGGAGGGCGAGCUGCAGAGACUCAGACUGAGUGUGGGAGACCGGGAGGCGGAGAGCCAGGCGUCCCAUGAUCGGCAAGACUCCCUGCUCAAACAGGCGGCAGAAGGGGAAGCCAGGGCGUCACAGCUGCAGCGGGAGGUGGACCGUCUGAGCCAGGCUCUGCUCAAAGCUCAGGAGAGCGAGUCACUACUGAAGGAGAAGAUAAGCUCUCUCAGUCAGAACCUCCAGGAGGUGAAACUGGCGUACGGCAGCGCUCAGAGUCGCCUGGCUGUGCUGCAUAAGUCACUGAGCGCCACUGAACAAGACAGACGCCACCUAGAGGAAAGCGUGGAGGAAACCAGAGCGUCAUCUGCUGAGGCCAAGAGAAGCGUGGCAGCCCUCACUGAGCGUGUGCAGACUCUGCAGAGUGAGCUGCACCAGAGUGAACUGAGACGGGAAGAGCUGGAGGCAGAAUCCACCAACCAUCAGGAGGUGCUGCGGCAGCGCACGGCCAGUCUAGCUGAGGUUCAGAGAAGCCUCCAGUCUGUGCAGCAGGAGCGGGCGGCCGCCGAGGAGCGUCUGCGUGCGCUGCAGAGGGCCGUGGCCAUGCUGGAGACGGAGAAGAAAGAUGCAGAGCGACAGGCGCUCAGGCUGGAGAAGGACAAAAAUGCCCUGAGGAACACGCUGGACAAGGUGGAGCGUCAGAAGCUGAAGAGCGAAGAGGGCAGCAUGCGUCUGUCAGCAGAGAGAAGCCGUUUGGACCGCUCUCUGAACACGGCUGAGCAGGAGCUGCAGGAGGCCCAGCAGCAGAUCCUCAUGCUCCAGACCCAGCUGGCCGACCUGGAGCAGUCCCAGAAUGUAUGUGAGAAUCUGGCGAGGCAGCGAGACGAGGCUCAGAAAGAGGCUGACAAGCUGAGGAGCGGCUUCAGGGAGGUGGAGAGAACUCUGGGAGUGAGGGAGAGAACUCACCGGAACCGCAUCAAAGGUCUGGAGGAGCAGCUGUCGUUUCCAGGUUUCCACACUGAAGGAGCAGCUGCAGCAGGAGAUGAAGCGACGUCAGGCGUCUCUAGUGUCGACACAGAAGUCCUGACUUCUCAACCUCAGUGUUUGAUGGCUACACAGAACCAGAACCUCCACCUCUGACAAUGGUGAAAAAGGCAGCUCUGGCAGAAAUGCUGGUUGAUUUAAUGACCAAAACUUUGUUGGUUUAACAGACACUGAAUUUUAGACCGUUAAAAAAACACAUUUUUUAGUCGUAAAACAACAUAGAGAUUUAAUGUUCUACUAAUGUUCUACAACCGUCUGGGGAAAACAAGUGCUUUUCUGCACAGAUUAAACCGACAUUUUACAGGAACCAAACUCGUCUUUUUGUUUUCCUGAUGUGCACAAAACUAUCUCUGAAUUUCCUUGUUAAUUUUUAUUAACACACUAAACACUGAAAUAACAGUAAAAAAAUUGGCAGUCUCAUUAAAUUAACAGACUAAUAAUCCAUUUCAAUCGAUUAAAAGUAUGUGUGUAUAUAUAUGUGUGUGUGUAUAUAGGAUAUAUAUAGGAAUGAGAGCCGAACAUUUGUAAUCAUAAAAAAGUUUAUUGCUUAUCUGAGUCUUUAUAGUGACAGUGAAACAAAGCAGUAGUACACAAUCGCCUUCUCAAGGUUCUUCUGCCACUGAGACACCAACAUUUGGACUGAUGUGGCGUUUGUCUGCUUUCUGUGGAAGUGUGACGUCAGUGCACUGAAGAAUCACUGCUUUACACAAAUACAGUAAAAUACCAACGAACAGGAAGCAGGUUAAUAAAGUCUGGCAUCAUCUCUGAAAGUAGAUUCUUUAGCACCAGUGGGAGGCUUGGUAGCACCAGUGAUCCGUACAAUCAUCAAUGUUCUUUGGAGCUUUUAACUAUCAAUACACGCGGAAGCUUAGGGAGACUCGUACACGAGGAGGCUACGAGGAGAAGUGGCGGAUGGGUGAAGUGUCUCGGAUCAGCAGCCUCCGCAGCUCUUCCCGCAGCUGCCGCCCAGCGAUGCACACUGACCACUCACGGCUGCCACGCCACAGCGGGAGAACUGGUCACGACAGAGGUCAGCUGACACAGGGGGAAAAAAGAGGCAGGUGAGAGUUGGAACGUAAACAUGGAAGGGGAGAAGGUGACUGACCUCUGAGCAGCUCUUCGUGCGCACACACAGUCCUCACACACACCUCCUUGUUGAUGACGUACAUCCGUCUCAAACUGGAGAAGAAACACAGCGAUUGGAGGCAAAGUCACCGGUGUGUUGGGAAGGACGACACGGACGGGCCGGUUCAGAUGCACAUGCAGCUCCCUCGUGAUGUGUUCAUGAGGCUUCAUGAAACGGUGAGCGUCAUUGUCAGAGCUCAGUGGGGGGCGCUCUUGGUUUCAACAUGAUGAGGUGGUGAGGUUCCAUUGAAAUGAUUGUGCUACAGCUCCCACUGAAUCCAGGCGAAGACUUCCGUGCCUGGCUCGUAUGCUCUGUCACGUCUUCAGUGAAAAGCAGCCUGCCGGUCUGAGCUGUGCCAAACGCAAAACAACCCACGCGAAGCCACAAUGGCUGCAGUCUGUGGGUCGCCAGCUCGCUAAUCACCCUCAGAUGAGCUCACGUCAUGCAGAUGUGUCGCAAACACGUUCAGAACCAAAGAUUCCUGCUUAGAGUGACUCACACUGGCCGACGGGAACGUCCUGGUGUGAACCAAACCAAUUCAACUGACAGUGAAUUAAUAGCAGGAGGGAAUCUACCAGCACAGAUACAAGUCCUGCCGCCCCCCGCAUGAGUCCUCUGCACCUGUUCCUUGAUGUGGCUGAAAAACUCUCGAACAAUUGAGGAUAUGACAAAAACUAAAAUGAAGAAACCGUGAGAAUCCUGAGGCUUUUGUCCACGGCCG